CAAAACAUUUUUGAGAGAACGACAGAAAACUUUAGUGAACAGUUAAGAGUGUAGAUCACAAUGUUAUCAUCAUUGUUCUGUUUCUUAUUUGUUAUCGUUUUAGCAGGAUCUCAAAACUUUUAUGGAGAUUUUUACGAAGGUGAUCAAGUAUUACGGGUAUGGCCAGAUACGAAAUAUAAAGUCCAAGAUAUUCUGCAUAUAAAAAAAGAACCAGGUUUAGAAAUGCUGGAUUCAUGGAUGCCAACAUUUCGACCAAAUCAUCCAGCAGAUUUCUACGCAAAGAAAAAAGAACUUUCAAUAAUGAAAAAAUAUCUUGCUGAAAAAAGUAUUGCGUAUUCAGUGCUGAUCGAUAAUGUCACAGAAGCUCUCCGUCGUCAAAGACCUUCUACACCGAAACAUCCACAUAACAAUCGGGAAUAUGAUUAUGAGAAAUUCCAUCCACUAGAUGAGAUACACGCCGAAUUACAAAAUAUUCAAACUCAGUAUCCAAAAUUUGCGACGGUGUUUAAUCUUGGGAAAUCAUUCGAAGAACGUGACAUGAAAGCCAUAAAAAUAUCAGGUAAUUCAAAGAAGCACAAGAAAAUCUUCUUCAUGGAAUGUGGUACACAUGCCAGAGAAUGGGUUUCACCAGCUACUUGCAUGUGGCUUAUUAAAGAAAUACUGAAAGAAGUUCGUGAAAAUGCUGGUCAAAACAAGAAAAUGUAUAAAAUGUGUAACAGAAUUGACUGGGUUAUUGUUCCCGUCCUUAAUGUAGAUGGCUAUGUACAUUCAUGGACAAAGGAAGGAAGAUUUUGGAGAAAGAAUCGAAAACCAAACAAUAUGAGCAAAUGUAAUGGAACAGAUUUAAACAGGAACUGGUCAUACAAGUGGGGAGAACCGGGAUCAAGUGUCAAUCCAUGUUCGUCAUCUUAUCGUGGAACACACCCAUUCUCCGAAAUUGAGACACGAAAUGUCGCAAGAUAUUUAUACAAGAAUCGUUGCCACUUGUUGGGAUAUAUUGGUUUCCAUAGUUACAGUCAGUUUUGGAUGACUCCAUGGGGAUAUAAGAGUGAGAAACCUGAGCAUUACAAAGAAAUGAAACGUGUGGCUGACAUCGCAGUGAAAGCGAUAAAAACAAGUAAAAAUGGAGCUCAUUUUGAGAAACCUGCACCCUCAUCGCAAAUCAUAUACCAAAGCUCUGGAAGUGCAAAAGACUGGACUUAUGGGGUACUUAAUAUUCAGUAUUCGUACGGAGUUGAACUACGACCACACUUCAAUGGAAGCUAUGCUUUUCUCAUCCCCCCAGAUCAAAUAAAACCAUGUGGAGAAGAAAUAACAGCAGCUAUCAAAGCAUUAUCUAAUACUGUUCACUUAAACAAAGGCCGGAGAUUAGUGAAAUCCAAACGAGAUCGAUCACAUGAGCACUAAUAACACGAAUAAUCUGUUAAGUUUAUACGAGCAGGACUAUCUCAAUACUUUAAGCAUUUCAUGCCUCACUAAAUUCAGGUUGAAAUAGCUGGGGUAAAACCCCAACUAACAGUGACGUAGCCAGCCUGACUUUUUACUUCUGCCAUGAAAAUAUUUUAGUGUUCACUGACCUUAAGAACAAUAAAAUUCUAAAAUGACGAAUAAUGGUAAUCUUUCAGAAUUUACAUAAAUCCUCAGGCUGACUACGCUAUUGCCAAGAAAAGAUGUCUUAUUGUUUACAUCUAUAUAAAGUAUUGCAUUAGUAAGAAGAAUUGUUUUAAAUCAAGAAAAUAGAAAAGAUUUUCUGCCUAUAAAUAGUUCAUGGUAUUAAUGUAAUAUUCAUGCAAGUAUCCUUAUGGACAUAAUUGAAUGUAGCAUUCUCAAAUUUGUACAUUUAAAUAUUUAAAUAUACGUAAAAACAAA